AUGGGUGUUCCCGCCCUCUUCCGAUGGCUCUCGUCCAAGUACCCCAAGAUCAUCAGCCCGGUGCAGGAGGAGCAGCCGCGCACGGUGCCCGGCGAGGAUGGCACUGAGCAGGAGCUGCCCAUCAACAUGGCCGGCCCUAACCCCAACGGCGAAGAGUACGACUGCCUAUAUCUCGACAUGAACGGCAUCGUGCAUCCAUGUACGCGGCCCGAGGGGCGGCCGCCGCCCGAGACCGAGGAGGAGAUGAUGAUCGAGGUGUUCAAGUACACGGAGCGGGUGGUCAACAUGAUCCGGCCGCGCAAGAUGCUCAUCAUGGCCAUCGACGGCGUUGCGCCGCGAGCCAAGAUGAACCAGCAGCGCUCGCGCCGUUUCCGCUCGGCGCGCGACGCCAAGGAGGCGAUGCAGGACAAGGAGGCGGCGCUGGCCGAGUGGAAGGCCAAGGGCCUGCCCGUCACCGACGAGGCCAUGCAGAUCAAAAAGGCAUGGGACUCGAACGCCAUCACGCCCGGUACGCCCUUUAUGGACCUGCUGGCCGCCUCACUGCGCUACUGGGUCGCCCAGAAGCUCAACAGCGACCCGGGCUGGAAGAACCUGCAAGUCAUCAUCUCGGACGCCAGCGUGCCCGGAGAGGGCGAGCACAAGAUCAUGGAGCACAUCCGCCGGCAGCGCUGCCAGCCCUCGCACGACCCCAACACCAAGCACGUCAUCUACGGCCUCGACGCCGACCUCAUCAUGCUCGCCCUCGCCACCCACGAGCCCCACUUCAAGGUGCUGCGCGAGGACGUAUUCCAGGACGCCCAGAAGGACGUCUGCCGCAUCUGCAACCAAAAGGGCCACUUUGCGCGCGACUGCAAGGGCGAGAAGCCCGAGCGCGACCCCAACGCGCCCGUCGAAAAGAAGCCGUUCGUCUUCCUCGACGUCUCGGUGCUGCGCGAGUACCUGGCCGUCGAGCUCAACUACUCGGACCUGCCCUUCGCCUUUGACCUCGAGCGCGCCAUCGACGACUGGGUCUUCCUCAUCUUUUUCGUCGGCAACGACUUCCUGCCGCACCUGCCGUCGCUCGAGCUGCGCGAAGGCGCCAUCGACACGCUGCUCAAGAUCUGGCGCAAGGCGCUGCCGCAGAUGGGCGGCUACCUGACCAAGCACGGCUCUGUCGAGCUGGCGCACGCCCAGCUCAUCCUCGCCGGCCUCGCCGAGGAGGAGGACGAGAUCUUCCGCAAGCGCAAGGAGAUCGAGGAGCGCCAGGACGCCAGCCGCAAGCGGCGCGAGGAGGACGACGCCCGCCGCAAGAACGGCGGAAAGGGCGGACGCGGCGGAGCUGGCGGCGGCUUCAAGCACGGCGACACCGAGUACGUCGAGGUCCAGGCCGCCAAAAAGGCCAAGAACGCCGCCGAGGCCGAGAAGCCGGCCUUUAACGGCAUGUCCAAAGAGGAGGCGCAGCAGCUGGCCAACGCCGGCAACAAGUCGUACGACACGCGCAAGAAACUCGUCGUCCUCGGCGGCGACAACAACGAGGUGGUCCGCAACCGCAACGCCACCAGGCAGGCCAACAGGGAUGCCGCCGAGGCGCUGCGGGCCGAGCUGGCCGGUGGCGCCACCGCCGCCGAGCCGACGAGCGACGAGCCGUCGGCCAAGAAGCGCAAGGUCGACGAGCAGGAGGCCGUCGCUGUCGCCGUCGAGGGCGAGCAGCCCGCCAACGGAUCCGCGACGGCCGCCGAUGACGUCGAGGGCACGCAGACCGAAUCGCCGGCUGGCAAGAAGCGCAAGGCCGACGACGACGCACCCGCCGGCAACGGUCAUGCUCCCGAGGCUGACGCGGGCAAGGGGGCCCAAACCGGAGCCGAAGCCAGUGCUGAAGCCGAAGCUGAAGCUGAAGCCGACGCCGACGCCGACGCCGACGCGGAUGCCGACGCGGAUGAGGAGGACGAUCUCGGCGACGACGACGACGACGACAACGAGGACAUCGACCCCGUCAGCACGACGUCGAAGAAGCUGCAGGUCAACGCCGACGGCACCGUCACCUACGAGGACUCGGUCAAGCUGUGGGAGCCCGGCUACCGCGAGCGGUACUACAAGGACAAGUUCCACAUCAGCCUCGACGAUGUCGAGACGCGGCGCGACAUUGUCAAGUCGUACACCGAGGGCCUCUGCUGGGUGCUGGCCUACUACUACCAGGGCGUGCCGUCGUGGCAGUGGUACUAUCCCUACCACUUUUCGCCCUUCGCCGCCGACUUUACCGACCUGGACAAGCUCGACAUCAAGUUUGAGCUCGGACAGCCGUUCAAGCCGUUUGAGCAGCUGAUGGGCGUGCUGCCGGCCGCCUCGCGCGCCUCGAUCCCGCACGCCUUCCGCCCGCUCAUGACGGAGCAGGACUCGGAGAUCAUCGACUACUACCCCGAGGAGUUUGAGAUCGACAUGAAUGGCAAAAAGAUGGUGUGGCAGGGCGUGGCGCUGCUGCCGUUCAUCGACGAGCGCCGGCUGCUGGCCGCGCUCAAGGACCGCUACCCGCACCUCAGCGAGGACGAGGUGCGCCGUAACGCCUUUGGGCACAAUACAUACUUUGUCAGCGAGGAGUCGAAGCUGUACGACUUUUUCUGCGCCCUCUACGCCAAGGGCGGCUCCACGGAGCCGGUGCAGCUCGACCCCAAGCUCUCGGGCGGCAUCACGGGCACCAUCCGGCCCGACCCGGUGUGCGUCCCUGGCUCGACGUUCAACUCGCCGCUGACCAGCCAGGACCUGCACGACAUCCUCAACGAUCGCUCGAUUUCGGUGCUCUACGACUUUCCGCCGCAGACCAAGCCGCACCGCAGCGUGCUGCUCAAGGGCGCGCGCCCUCCCAAGCCUGUGCUGACCCACAGCGACAUUGACUGGGUCAAGCGAGGCGGGCCGAACCAGCGCGGCCGCGGACGAGGCCGAGGCGGAGGACCGGGCGGUCGAGGUGGCGGAUCGGGCGGCCGCGGGCCUCCGCCUCAUCUCGCAAACGGGCGAGACGGCGGUGCCUACGGAGGCGCCCCCGCCGACGGGUACGGCGGUUCUUCGAUGCGCCUUGGCAACGGGCCGUCGCAUGGAGCCGGAGCCGCAGGUGGAGGCUAUGGCGGGUACGGAGGCUACGGUGGCGGCGGCGCAGCAGCGGGGGCCGGUGGUGGAGGCUACGGCGGCUAUGGUGGAGGAUACGGCGGCUACGGAGGACAGGGCUCUGGCGGUGGAGCGGCCUUUGGCAGCGGCGGCAUCGGCGGUGGCUACGGUGGCUACGGCGGCUACGGCAGCGGAGGCGGAGGUGCGGCUGGCGGAUACGGCGGCGGUGGGUACGGCGGCUAUGGAGGCUACGGUCAGGCUGCUGCUGCGCCCGGCCCAGCGGCAGGAGGCUACGGCGGCUACGGUGCGGCGCAGGAUCCUUACGCCGGCUACGGUCAGUCUUAUGGAUCCCGUGGCGGGGGAGCGUACGGUCAGGGCGCCUACGGCGGCUACCCGCCUCCAGCCGCACCGGCUGCGCCCUAUGGCGGGUACGGCGGCGGCUACGGUGCAGCUCCGCCCACUGGCCCCGCGGCCGGCAGCUACGGCGGCUACGGCGGUGCCUACCCUGCCUAUGGCGGUGCGCCCAGAGGUGGAGGACCGGCCCCGCGUGGUGGGCGAGGAGGUGGCGCGGCCGGCCGGGGCGCCGCACCCAGAGGCAACUACGGCGGCGGCGGAGCGUACGGCUCGUUUUACUAA